CAAAAAAGGGGGGAGGAAAAAUCAACCAAAACACCGGCAGUGUUGCAGCAGCAUGCCGUAAAAACAGACCUUCUUUGGGGCCUGCCGACGACGACGUGUCGGCUCCGGUUGAAGGUGUGGACGCGCCAGGACCAGGACAGAAAUCCUCUUCCCACGGAGGGGCGGCCAUGACGCCGAGGAGGAAGAGGAGGGAGGAAGAGGACGAGGAGGGAGGAGGAGGAGGAACACUACCACACAGCAACUCCCAGGCUGUCUAGUUGGACACAAACUUCGGCAGAAAGUUGACAUGAGCUAAAAUCCUCUCACACGUUGGGAGUGAGAGGACGUCUAAGACCAAGUGAGUCGGGAAAAGAAAGCUCUUUUGUCACUUGCUUGCUUCAGCUAGCGACCGUUACUGACUCCUUUUCGGAAAAAAAUACAAAUAAUUUGCCCACCUUUGACACGCGGGGAUUCAUGAAGUUGGAGUCGGCAUGGUACACAAAUACGACACUAAGCGAGCAGCGGGUCUGCUCAAAUGCUAUCAGGCCAGCCUGACCAGUCCAGACGAUCAGGCCCUCAAGACCAGCGUGGGCAAAGUGUCUGCCAUCCUGGGCAGCCAACUCUUCCAAGCUCUUCUUGAUAUUCAAGAGUGUUACGAGGUGACCUUGCAGCUGAAUACACAACAAAGUGUGCUGAAAGAGGAAAAAGAAAGUGAGAAGGAAGCGUGGGAGAAACCAGAGGAAGAGAAGGAAGAGGAGGAGGGAGUGUCCCGUGUCCGAGUGACCUGCAGGGGAAUUGAUCACAAGUUGGAGCGAGUGUGUGGCCUGGUGACUCGAUCGCACAUCGACGCACCGAAGGUUGUCCAGGUGGGUUUAUGUAAUAAGGCAGGCUGACGCUGAGCGGAUUGCGUGGAGCUUUGCCCGCCAGGCAGUGAGUGGCGAAAGGCGAAACGAGAAACGUCUCAGUUGAAGACCGCCAAGAUCAUGCUGCUGUCUCGUGCCAUAAAUCACAUGCCAAAUUCCUUUUUUUUUUUUCUUCCAUGGAUCAGAGGUCACCGCAUUCAUUUUGGCACAAUAAAUCACCUAUUGUUGCCCACCCUAUGACCCCCCCUUGUCGGUUGGUUUAAUUGGGCGUGGUGUUCAUCAAGGUUUGUGUGCACAUAAAAAGGAGGAGGGGAAAAAAGGAGAAACUGCAGGAUUGCAGAUUGUGCAGAAAAGCGCGUGAGGUGAAUGCUGUGCACAUUUCUCAAACCUGCUAUGAGUCACACAGGAGGAUUUUAUCAAAAAAGCGUAGUAUUGUUGUGUGCGUACGUAGACUUUAUUCUCUCUGAUUCAUCCGAGCCGUCUGAUUCUAAUGCGUCAAAUCCAAUCAUUAUAAACACGCCGGGUAGGGUUUCACUUUUCUGGCUAGCCAGCUAGCUACUACAUGUUUUAUUGCUUCUAUUCACUAAGAUAGACAGUAUAUGUGUGAUUAACUGAUUCAUUAACUGAUUGACGUUUUAGAGCAUUUUUACUGAUCUCUCAAGACCCACAGAAUAUUGUGUUCUGUGACAAUAUAAGCACCGAAACUACCAAAAGAAAGAGUAGACUCUUCUAUCUCCCGAUAAAAUAAGUUUGCUUCUAGCUUUUUUUUUUUAUCCUUUGGUAAUCAACAGUAGAACAUGGGUUGGUUUCACCCAACAUGUCAAGCAGGACAGUGACUUUGAUGCGAAUAUUUUUUUCUUUUGCGACACCUCAAACUGUACAAGAACAAAAAACAUGACUGACAAAGGGCUUUUGAUGACAACAUAAUAAUUUAUUUACAGAUAUACAACUAAGAAACAAGCCAUGGGCGACACUAGCUCACUGCAUGGCUCGAGCUGACUUUAGCAUCAGCUGCUUGUUUUUUUUUACACUCCAUGAACUGGGUCAUCUUUUCUCACGAUCGCGAAACACACUUAAA